GAAACAACGAGAUAUUCACAUAGUGGGCCAUACCUGUUGAACUCCAUAGCCAGGCAAUGAAAAACAGCCAGCUGCACUGAGCAUGAGCAGUACUACGAUGUACAGGGUCUGAGAAUGUGAGCUGACGCUCAGAGCUUGGAGGUCAAAAUUGAAACCAGGGAACAGAAGAGGUUUGAGAAUUUUCUCAGCAGCAGAAACAAGAAACUGAGUCCUGGACUGACCACACCGCAAGCAACGAGAGGGGACAGAGAAAAUUGUCAGCCACACUUUGCUUCGGCACUGCAGAGGACCCGAGUGUCAAAUCCAUAUAUGACCUCGAGUCGGAAUUAGCAUCCCCCGAAACUCAUCAUCUUCUUGCUCUUCUCGCUGUGACUGACGCCCCUCUCUGAUUUUCUCUUGAAUGAAGAGAGAGGGAAACGAGUUCAUCCAACAGAAGUGCGUGGAUACAAUGACUCCAACACCCUUCGCUGACUAAUUGAAACCUCAUCGACCGAUCAGUAAAUGCCUCGUAUCUUCUUCCUCGUAACCUUCUGCUUCCGGAGACGAGCUUUCACUCCAACCUUAUCUCACCGAUGAUACCAACCAAGCUUCUCAAGGGAGGACAGUCCCUCUACUUCGAUGCAGAAGCAAAUGGACUCCAUCAAUCUCAGAACUUGUGGGCGUUCGUGGUUCUCAGCGCUCGGAGGAGAUCGUCUGUGCCUCCUACAACUCCCGAAUCUUGCCAUUCUUCAGCUAUGGCAGGUUGUUAAAUUUGUAUGCAUUCCUGGUUUUCUCCAUGGAGCUUGCAUGUCAGUUCAUGUCAUCGACUCUACAAUGGACAAUGAAUGGUCGGAUGAGUCCAGUUGAAGGAAGCAAUCGGGAGCAAGGACUGCUGGUGACUGAUUGCUGCUGCUGGUUUCAGAAGCAAGGUUUGCAGGCCUCGAGUGAGUGCCGUGUGGUCGAUUCCUUGGCCGCUGGCAAAGCGAUGAUUAUUAUAAGCUUGAACAAUUCGUACCUGUCCUAAGCACGAUUAGGCAGAUCCUACUUUUCCCCGACGAUUGACUUUCCGAAUUUCCCUAGCAUCAAGUGACCCCGAGUGCCACCGUGCUCUGCCAGCACGGUGCGCCGGUACAGGUCGCUCCAAUGACGAUGAAGCCCACACAUUCACAUUCCAGUCUGCAUCGGAUCUUCUUCGAAAGAAGACGAGGCAAUGGUCCCCCGGUUGACGAAUUCCGUAAGGGGCCCGGCUCUCGCCCUCGAGCAGCACGAGCAGCAGCAGCAGAACGUGUUGCGAACUGUCAGUCUGAAGAAAAAGACUUCUCCGCCGCUCGGCGAACGCGACCUUCCCCGCACGCGAUUGGAUUUCAUCCUAUCCUGCAAUCGAUCGAUAGUCCGGGUCGACCUGUGGACUCUGCCGCGUGCGCUGCGAUGGUCAACAAAAGCGCGAAAGAGGGAGGGAGAGAGAGAGAGAGAGAGGAGCAGAGCUGACGGCAGAGGAGACCCGGACAGAGAAGCACACGGUCCAAUUCGCCGUGCCCUAUUGCACAUGCGAUUCUGCAAACUGAACGAGCAUCCACUCUAAAGAUGCACGAGGAGGACGGCGGAGGCAGGGGCGAGAGAGGAGCGAUGGUGCUUCAAGAACCCCGUGGCGGACCGAUCGGCAGAUGUUGAUGCGAGUCGAAGCCCGAGGAAGCGCGAAGGCGAGCGAGAGCGAGAAGGAGGUCGAGAAGAGAAGGAGCGAGUUUAUGCCGCGGGGAGGCCUCAAUUUCUGCAGCCGGAUCGCGACAUUUCAGGCCUCUGGUCUGAUGCUGAUGCCGAGUUGACUUGUUUAUUAUAAAAUAUUUGUGAGUAAUCGCCCGUGUGAUGGUGAUGCUCUGUUCUUCUGCUAGUUGUUGAUCGACCGUGUUUGCGCGAGAAGGCUCGGAGGCGAAACAGGGCUGCGAGUCAACCGCGUUGGACUGAGGCGGAGAAAACCUCGUGCAUCGAGCGAGGAAGAAAUAACGGAAGCGGAUCUGUCUGUCUGUCAGCCCGAGCUCGGACGGGUGGAAGAAAUGGAGGAAUCGACAGGAGGCAGCAGGAACAUGGUAGCGAAUGGCUUCAAGGACGAGGAAGAGGAGGACGAGGAAUUAUCGUCGGAAUUGAUAUUUCUAGGAUCAGGGUCGUCGACGGGAGUGCCGAGCCCCCUUUGUCUGCUGAGGCCCGCCGAUCCACCAUGUCACGUCUGCCACAGCGCCAUGGAGGGGCCUCCGGAAAUCAACAAGAAUUAUCGGUGCAAUCCAUCGCUGUUGAUCAACUAUAAGCACGAGGACGGGAGCCGCAGAUACAUUCAGAUAGACGCCGGGAAGAAUUUCAAGGAGCAAGUGCUGCGGUGGUUCUUGAUCCACAAGGUGCCGAGGUUGGACGCGCUGCUGCUGACGCACGAGCACGCCGACGCCAUGCUAGGGCUGGACGACAUCCGAGGCGUGCAGAACUACAACUCCAUGAACGACAUCGCGGCCAUGCCCGUCUUCGUCUCGCAGCACACCAUGGACAGCGUAAAUGCCAAAUUCCCGUAUCUGGUCGAGAAGACGCUCAAGGAGGGCCAGGAGGUUCGCAGGGUGGCGCAGCUUGACUGGCGCGUCAUCGACACCUCGUGCUCCGCCCUCUUCGAUGCCGUGGGGCUGGAAAUCACGCCCCUGCCUGUGAUGCACGGGGAGGAUUACCUGAGUCUAGGGUUUCUGUUCGGCAAGAAGCACCGAGUCGCCUACAUUUCGGAUGUGUCUCGCAUUCCCGAGACCACCGAGCAGGUGAUUUCAGCUGCUGGAGAUUUGGGCCCCGUCGACAUCCUCAUCCUCGAUAGUCUGUACAAAUCCGGACCUCACAAUACCCAUUUCUGCUACGAGGACAGCUUAGCAGCAGUGAAAAGACUGCGGCCUAGAAGAGCUUUCUUCGUGGGCAUGACGCACGAGUUCGAGCACGAGAGGGACAAUGCAGAGCUCGCCGAGUGGUCUCAACGAGAGGGCAUCGAGGUCCAAUUAGCUUACGACGGCAUGAGGAUACCAGUUUGCCUUGGAUGAGGUUUCUGCUGUGGCUUCUUCAGCAGAAUUAGGAAGAUUAAGUUAUGGGAUUGAUUCACAUUUGGGUGCCUUGCUCUGCUCGAGUGGCUCGUAGCUCUUAGUGGCUUGGUGGAGGUGUCCGUGUUGUUGUAUACCAUAUUUUUUAUUGACAGUCACCGAGUUCAGAAAUUUGAGAAGCAAGGCACCAUGAAAUGAAAAUUCGCUCGCCCAAGCUUCGAUCGAAGCCUGAGAAAGUAUAACAAUGACGAGAGAAAAUUUGCCAAUUCCGUCCAGUGUUGGGUCUGUCUAGUGCUGCUAGAGCCUCGAUUUCCAAGAUUUUCCUUCUCGAGAAUUCCUCUAUUUUGGUACGCGAGGUGGAAAACCUCCGUCCGUGUCCUGGAAAGUUGAUACUCUGGCCACCGAGAAGCCUCGAGAGCUUGAGUCCAUGGAGCACGCCAUUCGAGAUGCAUGUGCAGGCUGAGAUCUCAGAUUCUGGACCCCCAAGCUUUUCCAAACAAGGAAACAUCAAAUCUUACGUGUUGAAUGGCCCUCAGAGUAAUUGUGCUUUCGCAUACUCUUAGACCAUGUUGCUGCAGAUACUACAGACCUACGGACAGACUCCGACACACGACGGUCCUGAGCUCAUGUCCUCUUGAGAGGUCAUGCUCAGGUGAUGAUGGUUCUUAAUACAUUUUUAGACUUUACCAGCAGGUGUACAUCUCUCUUUCACAUUGUGAUGCGACUAGGACUAGUCACAUCUAACUCUUCUAGGGGUCUAGUUUUCUUCUCGCUACUUAUUUAUUAGUUUCGACUUGACCAAGGCUGGACAUUUUGACAUUCUGACCUGUUAAACCACCAACACGGUUAACUUGUAGUGUGCUAGCGUAAACAAAGUACAGGAUGCCGAAUUCAGAUCCGGCCUACCACAAAUGGGUCUCGACCUGGUAACAGAAGCACCGCUUAAAAAAGGACUGUCCUGGUGACAUGCUCGCCUUAUUUCGUAGAUUGGGUUCCGAUUAUAGAAGAAUAGAUUCACAUGCGGUUGUCUGCGCACCUAAAGAGAAUGUUUCACUUUCCGCACCAAUCAUAGCUUUACAUCCAAUUCGGGCAUGUGCUCGGCUUGCAACAGCUGCAUUUGGCGAGGUGUCGAGGCCAUUAUUAUUAGCUUUUGAGAGUCAAAUCCACGCUGGAUAAUCCAAUGACGUUUGCCUUAAUAAUGAGAUCUUCCCUCCACUGCGGUUGGCCGA